AGGAACAAUCCACACAAACUCGAAUUCGCGUCCUGCAUGUUAUUUUCUGACCAGUCAUCAGACCUGUGAUGUGUUAACCUAAGGGAAAUGUUAACAUGGGUUCUCAGAGGAGACACUACACCGCGCGGGAAGCUUGGAGGAGACUGCCUCUGUGCUUUUUGGUCAGCCUGUCAGCUUGCUUGUGCUUUUGCAGAGCAGAAGACAGUUCUAUGGAGAACAUCGUGACUGAAAAAAAGGCUGAGGAAAGCCACCGACAGGACAGUGCCGACCUGCUCAUUUUUAUUUUACUCCUCACCCUCACCAUCCUGACUAUAUGGCUGUUUAAACACCGUCGGUUCAGGUUUUUGCACGAGACUGGGCUGGCGAUGAUAUACGGACUGCUGGUUGGGGUAGUGCUGCGUUACGGGAUCCACGUGCCCCGUGACAUCAACAACGUUACCCUGAGUUGCCAUGUCAACGCCAGUCCGCCCACGUUACUGGUCAAUGUAAGCGGCAAGUUCUACGAGUACACGCUGAAGGGUGAGAUCAGUGCCAAUGAAGUCAAGGAUGUCCAGGACAACGAGAUGCUUCGUAAGGUGACCUUCGACCCAGAGGUAUUUUUUAACAUACUUCUGCCGCCAAUAAUUUUUCAUGCAGGAUACAGCUUAAAGCGGAGACAUUUUUUCAGGAACAUGGGAUCUAUCUUGGCUUACGCCUUUUUUGGAACAGUGGUGUCCUGCUUCAUCAUUGGCUUACUGAUGUAUGGCUGUGUGAUGCUCAUGAAGUAUACCGGUCAGUUGGCAGGAGAAUUCUUCUUCACUGACUGCCUGUUCUUUGGUGCCAUCAUAUCAGCCACUGAUCCAGUGACUGUCCUGGCCAUCUUCAACGAGUUACAGGUGGAUGUCGACCUCUAUGCUCUGUUGUUUGGAGAGAGUGUGUUAAAUGAUGCUGUUGCUGUGGUGCUUUCAUCGUCCAUUGUUGCAUAUCAGCCCGUGGGAAACAACAGUCAUACGUUUGAAGCCAUGGCCAUGCUAAAGUCUUUUGGAAUGUUUCUGGGAGUCUUCAGCGGUUCCUUUGCUCUUGGGGUGGUUACCGGUAUAAUGACUGCCUUGGUUACCAAAUUUACCAAGUUGCGGGAUUUCCAGCUGCUAGAAACAGCUCUCUUCUUCCUAAUGUCCUGGAGCACGUUCCUGUUAGCUGAGGCUUGUAGCUUUACAGGUGUGGUAGCCGUUCUAUUUUGUGGAAUCACACAAGCUCAUUACACCUAUAACAACCUCUCUCCUGAGUCACAGGACCGGACCAAACAAUUAUUUGAGCUGCUGAAUUUUCUGGCUGAGAACUUCAUCUUUUCUUACAUGGGCCUGACUUUGUUCACCUUCCAGAACCAUGUCUUUAACCCUGUCUUCAUCGUGGGAGCCUUUCUGGCCAUUUUUGUGGGGCGUGCAGCUAAUAUUUACCCGCUCUCCUUCCUGCUCAACUUGGGCCGCAGAAACAAGAUAAGCUCCAACUUUCAGCACAUGAUGAUGUUUGCAGGUCUACGAGGGGCCAUGACUUUUGCUCUCUCCAUCAGAGACACGGCCACAUAUGCACGACAAAUGAUGUUUUCCACCACACUGCUGGUGGUCUUCUUUACUGUAUGGAUAUGUGGAGGAGGCACCACUCAAAUGUUGUCUUUCCAACGUAUCCGUGUGGGAGUGGACCCAGAUCAGGAUAAUUCAGUAAGUGCAUUUUUAGGUAUGAUGAAGACAUGCAUGGUUUUUAAAUUCAUGUUUACCCUAACGCUGUCUGUUGAUGCAUUUCUGCAGAUUGGCCCUGAUGGUUUAGAGCGGAGGAGCACCAAACAGGAGAGUGCCUGGUUAUUUAGAAUUUGGUACAACUUUGACCACAACUAUCUUAAGCCCAUCCUGACUCACAGCGGGCCGCCACUCACCGCCACACUGCCAGCUUGCUGCAGCCCACUGGCCCGAUGCCUCACCAGCCCACAGGCGUGCGAGAAUGAGGGCCAGCUGAAGGACGAUGACUCAGACCUGAUUUUGAAUGAUGGUGAUAUCAGCUUGACGUAUGGUGACAUCACGGUUAGCACAGAUGCCACGGGUGCGCGCACGAUCAGCAUUCCAGCUGGCGCGGCAGGCGUCCACUCUGAUGACGCUCUGGACCGAGAGUUGACCUUUGGUGAUCAUGAGCUUGUGAUCCGGGGCACGCGUCUUGUGCUGCCCAUGGACGAUUCAGAGCCGCCUCUACGCCACCGGGAUAUUUGAGCUGCAUGGAAAAAUCCUGAAGCGAGUCAAAGGCUUUCUUGUCUAUUUCUCUUCACCACCAACACCACAGUCUGGAGCGUUCUCUCUCUCUCUCUUUCACUCUCUUCCCCCCCUCUUUCCCCACUAUCCUCUUUUUGAAGUGGCUGGUUUGAUGUGUCUACCUCAUCUUUCUGCUCCUCCAAAAACUUGUAAAACCUUGUCAGUUCUUGCCGAUCCAUUUUCUGCAUUCUUUAUUUUUUUCCACAGCUUGAGUGUUCAGUAUGGCAUCUUCAGGCAUUGUGGCAUUGUCUGUCUCAGAAAAGAGAGAGAGCAGUGCUUUCCUGUCUGCAUACUGUAGUACUGUGUAAAAAUAGCUGUGCAUGCUAGUUCUUGCUUUUUGUUGGUGUGUGAGGCCUGGUUUAAAAGGGAUUCGUGCUUAGGCAGUAACAAAACUGUUGAGAGUCUUAGACAUUUAAACUGCCUUCUUUACCUGAGGAUCAGAACAGAGGCGUGGUGGCUCAGUGUUUGUUAUAUGUGGUUGCAAUCAAGUGCCUGUUGUAUGUAAUUUCUACUACUUCUUGGAGCAAAGCAACACUGCCAUCCACUAGAGGGAGGCCCUGUAUUUUGAUACUGAACUCAUCAGUGCGACGUAGGCUUCAUGUUGGUAACAAGAGAGACUUGCUGUAGUUUUGAGAGGCUAGGAAUGUCAGAACUAACUCACUGACCUUUGACUGUGACUUUGGAGGACUUGCACCUUGUUAUACAUGUUCAUGUUAGUUACAGUAAGUUGUUCUUUUAGAGAGAGUCAUGGUACAAAAUCUAGGUUUUUUUUUUUUUUCUAUUUUAUGUGCAUUUUCUAAAAAGUCACAGAACAUCCUUGCAGCUCUAAAAUACUAAAAUGACAGCAUCAUUCGUUAUACAAUGAAUGACUAAAACCAUUGAUCGACUGUAUUAAAAUAUAAACCAAAAAAUAGAAAAUCCUUCUUUUUAUAUAUACAUAAAAAAACAGACCUGCAAGCAUACAAGAAACAACAAAUUUUAUUUCUUCGUAGGCUUUUUAAUGUACUAACCUUUGCAUGGUGUGUGCUGUUUGGAGAUGAAUUGCUUUGUAAUCUCCCUGGGGUUUCUUUUGGCAGCAUUUUUUAUUUUUAUAGCUAUUUAAAAGCUAUCAUCCAGGUCGGUGUGUAAUCUCGUUGCAGUCCAAAUUAUAUUUAAGUUUUUGUUUUCUUUCUAAGUAGAGAGGCAGAAUUUCUGAAUGAUAAUUUUAUGCAUGCUAUUAAAGGGCUGAACGAACAUGUAUUAACUGUUUAAUUAUUUGUACUCGGAGGGAGAAAAAUUAGGGAAAUGGAGUAUUUCCUGUUUGAAUGUAAUGUUAGGGUGUGGUGCAGUGACGAGAUGAGCAACAGCGCUGAUGUGUGAGAGUGCAACUGUGUGUUUGGUACAGUUGUACGUCAUCGAAUGUGUGUACUGUAUAUGACUGUAUAGUGAAUUAUAAGACGGAUGAAAUAGUGUGUCUGAUUUUUUUUUAUAUACUGUAUGCUAAAAAGGAAAAAUUAGUUGGGGACAAAAAACAUUCCCAAACAUCCCAUUAAGAGAUUUUCGGGUUGCAUUCUUGUUUCUUAAAAUCCAAAAGUGUGUGUGUGUGUACUUUUUCCCCCCCUAAUAAGGAUGGCAGUUGUUUUUGAAUGGAAGGUGCUGGCACCCAUAAUGCAAUGGGCCUCCUGAAUGAUACAGCAAAAUUAAACACCGUCUGUGUUACACUGUUGCUGUGGAUGAAGGCCCAUAAUGGAUUAGGUAAAAGAGAAGGAGAUGCAGAAAAGAAGAUUUAACAAGGCUUUUUAGAGUAGUGCUUGCUAUCUCCUGCUGUGCAGGACAGUUUCCCAGAGGGCAAUGUAGCAUUCCUGCAGGCCUGCCUUUAGAUAACAUAGCUCAAAGAAUGGGGUGUUUCUACUUGCGUAGUCACAAGUUGAAGGAAUUCAAUAUAAUUGAAGUUUUUGCACUUUGUUUUCUUGCCUUGUUGACAAUUUUUACGAUCUAUUCUAUUUAUUUAAUGGUCUAAUGGUAGGUGAUUUUCAGGUAACAAAUAGACCUUCUGUUCGGCUGAGAUCGUGUUUGCUUAUUUGUCUUGUGACAAAGGAGUUUAGUCAAAAAGCCAUCCUCAGUAAGUACGUCAUCUUAAAAUCCUGAAAAGCAGCAAUCUAGCAAUGCCAGUACCGGCCACACAUAUAUGAGCAAGGAUAUUUGCAGAAUGGCAUUCAGUGUUUAUAUGCUUGUACUCUUUCGAUUGGCCAGUUUACACUUCCAAGUGUAAAUUAUCCAUGCAUCUGUGAGAUAAAAAUGAGCUAAAUGUGAUAGAGUUAAGGUGCAAAAGAGUAUUUUUCUCUGUUGUUACUGAAAUCUGCUGCAACUAGCCUAAAUAUUGGAUACACAAAAAAGGCCACUUAGGUACUGUUGUGCUUUCUGUACAUUGAAAUGGCACAAUAUUUCCCUAAAACAAGUACAUUUUUUUUUCUCUCUGGUUUUGACCUUGAGUUAAAAAAACUGCUUCUAAAGUGCGUACGUGUGUGUCCACUUCCAGCUCUACUGUACUUCUGCUGUGUGUCCAGGAUAACUUGUAGUGUAAUCAGCUUCAGUGUCCGUGGCCACUAAAACACUCUUCUGUGGGUUACAGCAUAGCUUGUCCUAUGUAUUUGACUUGAAAGAAGCAGAUCGGACAUAAAAGAUUUGCCCAUGUUGUGUUUUUACUGAUACUUAGCUGAGUGUUGCAGGUACUGAUUGUUUACAUGUGUAAAUAUGAUCAUCUGUUCAUGUGCGUGCAAUGAUCAAUAAAUAAAAGCCUGUGCUUUCAA